AUGGAGGACGCGGAAGCUUUGAGUGGCGAACAGAAGGAAAGGGACCGGGAGCAGAACGAGAGGGCGACCAUGCUUCUGGUGGAGGCGGUGAAGUCAAGACGCCCGCGCGAUCCAGCCGCCCCGGGGCACGAUGGGGAUGCCCGCAGGCUUGCGCUCCUGCCCCCGGGCUCGGUUGACUCCCCGACGAUCGCGUCUGAGCCUUCUUCAGCAGGACCUUUCCCAAUUUUUACUCUCGACUCGCUGAUUUCGACACCAAGAUCACCCACGUCGGCAGUGAGUCCAGAUAUCGCAUUGUUGGCACAGUCAACGAGCGCCACGGUUCGUGCGUCUUUACCAUCGCUACGCAAAGCCACGUUACAGCCACCUACAUCGCCCCAGGCUGCUUCUCUUGGUCGAACCACUGGCGGAGGCGCAGGGGCUGUUGCUGAGGUUGUCGGUGCUGGCAACGGAACUGCAGGAUCCAAUACCAGUACUAUGGUGCUUCGACAAAAUUCGCUUGGAGAUUCGAAGAUUCCUGCGUGCAUCAGUCAAACGCAGGUUGGGUUGCGGAGGGAUCUGAGCCUGGUGAGGGAGUUCGCGGCCGCCGUUGAAAGUGAGCGCAUUGUAAUUUCUGAAACGAUGAAUAUGUUCUCAUCCAAGUUUGUCAGACCUCAAGGGCCGUCAAUGCACGUGUGA